AUGCAUCUAAAGUCAUACGUCACCGCUGCCCUGUAUGGGCUGCCAGCCCUGGCUCAUGCCGCGCCCUCUGCAGCUUCGUACUCGCAGCCCUCGACCCCGUCGCCGUCCUCAAGUGCCAGCGAAGAUCACUUCCGCGAGUACACAAUCAAGGCCGAGAAUAUCACCGCCAAGGUCAUACCCUAUGGUGCGCGCCUGACCUCCGUCCUGGUCCCUGACCGCGACGGCAACGUCCAGGAUGUCGUGGUCGGCUACGACGACCCGAAGUACUAUCUCCACGACAGCCAAACCAACCGCACCUUCUUCGGCGCGACUGUCGGCCGCUACGCGAACCGCAUCAAGAAUGGCACUUUCUCCAUUGACGGCAACACCUACCACAUCCCUGAGAAUGAGAAUGGCGGCCAGGAUACUCUCCACGGUGGCUUCAUUGGCUACGACAUGCGCAAUUGGACCGUCACUUCCUACUCUGACUCUUCCGUCACCUUCACCCUGUUGGAUCAGGGCUUUGAGAACUUCCCUGGCGAUGUGAUCUCCCACGCCACCUUCAGCGUCUCGACCGAGAAGUCUGCUGAGAACCCCAGGGGUUUGCCCCAGUUGACCACAAAGCUGGUCUCCCUCGCUCUGACCGAAAAGACACCUAUUAUGCUGGCCAACCACAUCUAUUGGAACCUGAAUGCCUUCAAGAACUCCGACGUCCUGAAGGAUACCUCCCUGCAAUUGCCGCUGUCGGAGCGCUUCGUGGGCGCCGAUUCCAUCGAGAUUCCGACGGGCGAGCUCCUCGAUGUUGACACCGCCUACGAGGGUGCUCUGGACUUCCGUCAGCCCAAGCUGAUUGGCAAGGAUAUUGAGAAGACUACCGACCUGUGCGGCGACGACUGCACCGGCUACGACACCUGCUGGCUCGUCGAUCGCCCGGCCGCCUAUGCCGCUGCCAACUCUGUUGUCCCCUCGCUGCGUGCGACUUCCGAGAAGACUGGUAUCACUCUGGAUGUCGCGACCAACCAGGCCGCUCUCCAGAUCUACACCUGCAAUGGCCAGAACGGCACCAUUGCAACCAAGGAGUCGCAGGCCAAGCGCAACAAGGCCCAGGACGGUGACUCGGGUGCGACCCACAUCAACAAGUAUGGCUGCUUCGUCAUUGAGACCGAGGACUGGAUUGAUGGCAUCAACCAGCCCCAGUGGGGUCGUGACCAGUACCAGAUCUUUGGACCUGACGAUGGGCCCGUGGUCAACUUUGCCACUUACCAGUUCGGCACCUUCUAA